AGCCGUCAGUGCAGAAUUGUCCAUCGUCGUGGUGAGGUGUAAGUUAUUUUACGCGGUUUCAUUGGGAUUCGGCAUUCAAUUGUUUUUUCAUCACGGCGAUUGCCCAUGAUGUUUGUGUAGUCAGAAUUCCUCGAUUUUAAUAAGAGAAUGCCUACAACAGCUACUCUAGGAUGGACGGACUAUACAGUAAUUGGUCUUAUGCUUGGUAUCAGCAUUGGGAUUGGAAUUUAUUACAGAUUGACAGGAGGUCGUCAGCGAACCACAGAGGAAUAUUUUUCAGCUAACAGAUCGAUGAGCAUACUUCCUGUUGGCAUUGCACUAAUGGUGUCAUUCAUGUCAGCAAUAACGUUGUUAGGUGUUUCGGCCGAAAAUUACACGUAUGGCACUCAAUUUGUUGUGAUAAACUUUUCCUAUCUUUUGGGUACGCCAAUCGUAUGCUAUGGAUUUCUUCCAGUCUUUUACAAGCUACAAGCAGUGAGUGCCUACGAGUAUUUAGAAAGACGUUUUGGAAUGAAGACAAGGCUCGUAGCGAGCUUCGUAUAUUGGAUUCAAUUACUUCUGUACUCUGGAGUGGUUCUGUACGCACCUUCUUUAGUAUUAGAAGCGACCACCGGUCUAUCGCAAACCGGAAGUAUUGUAGUAAUUGGGCUGGUUUGCGCUUUUUACUCGGGUAUUGGUGGUAUGAAAGCUGUCUUGAUAACCGAUGUUUUCCAAGCAUUCCUCAUGUUUCUUGCCUUGUUCCUCGUUAUCGGAACCGCAGCUCACUCAGCCGGUGGUCUGGGCGAAAUAUGGCAUAUAGCGCAAAAAGGUCAUCGCAUCGAAUUCGAUAACAUUUCCAUCGACCCGACUGUCCGUCAUACUAUAUGGAAUUUGUUGAUCGGUGGAUUAUGUACGUUUUUGUCGUUGUACGGAGUUAAUCAGGUGCAGAUUCAGCGAAUGCUAACAGUAAAGAGCUUAAAAGCGGCGCGCAUCGCUCUGUGGUUAAAUUGGCCCAUUCUCACUGCACUCUCCAUUACGACGUGUUUUUCCGGCUUGGCACUUUAUAGCAAAUACAGUCAUUGCGAUCCGAAGAUGGAGGGAAGAAUAACAAUUACAGAUAUGUUAAUGCCACUUUACGUAAUGGACACCAUGUCUCAUUUGCCUGGAGUCCCUGGCCUUUUUGUUGCCGGUAUCUUCAGCGCUGGUCUUAGCACAAUUUCAGCGGGUUUGAAUUCAUUAGCUGCAGUGACACUUGAAGAUUAUGUGAAGCCCCUUUACCGUGCGUGUACAGGGCGUGAAUUUACUGUUUCUGGGUCUCUCGUUAUUGGAAAAUUACUAGCAUUCGGUUUUGGUAUACUAUGUAUUGCUGUUGCCUUUUUUGCUCAGCAACUCGGCGGUGUACUUCAAACGAGUUUGACUAUUUUCGCGAUCGUCGGUGGACCUAUUUUAGGCUUAUUUACUUUGGGUAUGGGUUUUAAAUCUGCGAACGAGCGUGGAGCCAUUACAGGAGUUUUGACAUCUCUUGUAUUUCUCAUGUGGAUCGCUUUUGCCCCUUCAAGACCCACUAUCCCUACUUUACCCACAACUAUUGAUGGCUGCAGCUUCGAUCAUGUUAACAAUUCUACGGUGGAAAUCGUUCAGUCCACUAAACCACGGGUCGAGAACUCCGAAAUCUUCUAUCUCUACAGAAUAUCCUACAUGUGGUAUUCUCCAAUUGGCUUCAUAAUGACGCUAGUGGUUGGAUUGAUCGUUAGUUAUUUUGAUCGAUUGGUGUUCAAACAAGACCGAGUAUACCUUGACCCGGAUCUUUUUUUCCCAAUUAUCGGGAAACGUUUGCGGAAAGAUCGCCAAAUCGAUAACGGAGAUAAUACGAGCGAGAGAAACAUUGCGGACGUUCGUUCACUCAAAAAAUAUAGUUUCGAGAAGAAAAAUUUUGUUACUGAAAUGAACGAUGAAACUGUAACACAUAUCUGAUAUCGUUAUCUCGAAUGAUAUUUAUACGAGUUCACAGAACAUUCCGCUGUUCGUAACGAAAAUAAUGCUCAGGGAUUCGUGCCAUACGAUAACGAAAUACUUAAAUAGUGUUAUGCUGCUGUCGUUGGAAUUUGAUGUUAUUGGAUUGAAUCUGAUCUCAGAGCUCGUUGCUAAAAUUUUCUUUUAAAUUGUUUAUAUGCUAAAUCACGGAGCGAACAGAAUAUUCCUGUUUUAUUGGUCACUCCUUUUCUUCUACAUUUGAAAUCAACGCGAACAAUAUUGUUCACGUAAUAGCUUUCCAACCAAAAAACACUUUUCAUAUGUAUUGAAAUAAUUUCAAUCACAACUUAAGAUUUUUCAUUUAUUUUAUAAUGCUCUUUUUCAUGUUCAGUAUUUCGUUAGGUACAUAUUUCUGAUUGAUUCGUUGGGAUUUGGUCUUAAGUUUGGUUUGAUAAAGAUGCGGUCGGUAGAGUUUGCCUUUUCAUAGCAAUGGCUACAGUGAUAGAAAUGCUCCUUGGUAAUGAUUGCAGUUAGUGGAGAAACAUUCUGGUAGAGUCAAGAAAUGACAGAGUUUGUUGAUUGAUUGAGAUUAUUUUGGUAGAGACGUGCUUGAUACAGUUCAUUUUUGAUAUGUAAGCUGUUGCCAUGUCGCACGUGGCUCAUGGAAACUUAUGGAAAACAUUGGAAACCGAUGCACGACGGCACGGUCAUCCAACCAAUUAAUGACCUCGAAAAUAUGUACCAAAUUCACACAUAUCACUGUUUGUGUAAAAAACAAAUGCAACUUUAACGUGCAAUACAUUAUAUUACAUUUAUUCCAAUUCAUUAGAAAAAACUAAACAUAUUUUCGAGAUAAAUUUCUUUUUGUUUGAAAUCUCAAACGAUCUGCAAUCAAAUUUCAUUACGCUGCAUACAGAGAAUCUCUGAUGGGCAGUUUUUAUAGCAAUUAUACAAAUUAUAUUUCGUAACUGAAUUUGAAUGAAUUUUCAAUUGUAAAAAAAAUCAUGAUUCAUUUCGAGUGCAAUUUUGAUACUCUUUUUACGAUAUGACAGUGCUUCCAAUGGGAAUUUCGGUUCUUACUUCGUCCUGUAUAGUUGACGAAAUUGUGUCGUUAUUGCACAAAAUUUUUAAAACUAUUCAGCGAACCCAAAGUGAGUGUUUCAGAAAUCAUUUUAUAUAAGCUCUUAUCAAGUGGUCUGUUCGUAAUCGAUUGGUGCGGAAAAGUACAAAUUUCAUAUAGUUUGAGACAUAGAUCAAUUGCUCAUCUCCAAUCAUGUUUUUUUUUUGUAAAAUUUUGUUUUAUAUAUUUUUUUAAGUCAGCCACAUACGUCGACAAAAUGACAAUAUAUGUAAAUUUUAGAAUUUUGUAAGAUAGCUCGGCAGCAUUUUGAAGGUUCAUUUGCAAAGUUUUUUGGAAUCUCAAGAUUAUUUUGUAAGUCUUCAAUACAUUUCAUUCGGCAGCGGUAUUUGGAUUUUCGAUCGAAAUAUCGAUAAAACGAAACUUUGUUGAAAAAAACAGCUUUUUUUUAAGCAAGAAUGGCUCAAUUUUUCAUAGAUAUAAUUGAAAAAUACAGUAUUUUUUAUGUUUCAGUUCAUGUAUUGAUUCACGGCUGUGACUUAUAAACGCAAACAGAACGACCGUUUGUUAUAAAAUUUUCAUGGAAAGCCUAAAUGAGAAAUAUCGAAAGACUAAACCAUAAGAGAAACGAGAAACCGUUUGAGUUAUCAUAGAAAUGUUCAAAUGAUCAUCGAUCAGUACAAUGGAAAAAUUUUGGAUAUAAUCUCAACUUUUUCACAAUAUUGUAAUAUAUCAAUCGAAUGUGUUGAAAGUUCGGAGUCAUUUACUAUAAUGGAGCUCGUUGGUUAUCACCGAAAUAAAGUCUGAACAUUUUAGUUUUAAUAUUAUUCAAAAUGAUAACAUUUUUUGUGUUUUCAUUGCUUUGUAAAUAUUUAUUCUUGGCUCGUCAAGUAGAAGUAAUCGAUAAAUCGUUGAAAUAUACGUAGAAUAUAGUAUGCACCGAAGAGAUGUGUAGAAGUUUACAAUUUAAUCUUGUGAUGAAAUACAACUACAGAUAGAUGAAUUUAGUUAUAAAAAUAUUUUUAUAGGGAAAUAAUGGUUACGUGUUCGUCACAUCUUGUGAGGCGAAGUGGAGACAAUAAUAAUAAAUAGAACAUUGCAUAAUACAAAUAUACGUAUAUGAUAAAAAUCACGACCAAAAUAUUUAAAAAAACUGCUGCGAAAAAACUAUGUAGGUAGCGAGAUGUUAAUGCUCGUGGUGGAAAGAUAUUGUAAUGGGUUUUGCAUUUUUUGUAAAUGGACACGAGCAACGAAUUGUUAUUUUUUAUUGUACAAAAUAGGAUUUUGUUUGCGCUAAUAGGUGUUGUUCAUUGUUAAUGUUACAAGAAUCGAGAGUUUAUUAAUAAAAAACUGAUUGAAUGUAACAAAAGUAUGGUAUUCAAGGAUUUUCUGAUGGGAGUUCGGCUGAACCGAGGGCCAUUUUUAAUUUUUCUUGUUCAGAUGUACGUUUUACUUUGAUAACAAUUGAUCUAUUAAAUGCUGAUUUCGAAAAUUUCAUGAAAUACUAUCAGGAUGAAAUUGUGAUGGAGUAUAACAGUCAUUGGUAAUAGUUCAAUAACUUGUUUUUUCAUUGAAAAUUGCUAUUGGAAUUAUAAUAAUCCUGCAACAUUAAUUCGGAAAUUUUUAAUUUGGUGAUCCGGGAUUGGGUGAAUUUUGAAUGGGCUGUUCGGCUGUGUGCAAUCGCAAUGAAAUUACUAUACAUGCCAAAGCUGAGUUAUCAAACGAAUUCUUUGGGCUUCAUGCUAAUGCAUUCUAUAUGAUCAGUAAAUGUAAUUGAGAAAUAUUUUAAUCUAUCCUAUUUAAUUACCCGAUUCAUUAAUAUUAUUGAGAAAUGCUUUUAUUUUAAAAAUUUUUUUAAUGGAGAAAUACCUUCAUUUCAUUUAGCGAUAAUAUAUUUUUUUUUUUUUAAUGUGAAUGAAUAAUAAAUAAUUAUUCAUGUCUUCAUUGGAGGAAAAAUUGACCGAUUGAUUGGUAAGCUUUUUUUCAGUUGCUAGAAGUGAGUGCCAAAACUGGUACGAGCUAAUGAGUUACCGAAAUAUACAAAAAAAAUUUA